AUGUCCCGUCCAACCCCCCGCAAACGCGUCCACGCCCGCCACUCCUCCGCCUCUGGCCACGGCCCCCGUCCCGUGCAGUCCGACUACGAGUCCGACGCCGCCCACUACAUCGACUCCCACCCAGUCCCCGCGCCCAACCCGGCCCUCCUCAACCGCACCAACACGGACCUCAACCUCUCCGUCCUGCGCCGCUACCUCCCCUCCAUCAACUCCACCCUCUCCAUCGCCGCCAAUGCCGUCGUCUACACCUUCAACCCCUCCCUGCCCGGCUGGGACAAGACGGGCAUCGAGGGCACCUACUUCCUCUGCAUGCAGGACCCGGCCUCCGCCGCCGUCCCCGCCGUCCCCCGCGCCUGCAUCUUCGUCCUGAACCGCCGCGGCCUCGAGAAUGUUAUUCUCGACCUCGCCGACGUCGCCGAUUUUGAGGUCGUCGACGAGAUCUACAUCUUCCGCCUGCGCGGCGCUGGCGGCGACGAGGACGAGGGUAGCCACAACAAGGUCAUGGGUAUCUGGAUCCACGCCGACAAGGACGACACCCGCGUCAUGAACGCUGCCCUCAUCGCCGAGACGCUUAAGCACGUCCGCGCCGCCGGUGGCGACCAGAAUGACCCCGAUGGCGCCGCUCCCACGCCGCAGGAGGAGUUGGGCCCCGCCAUGCAGGCCAUCGGGAGGCGCCUGAGCCUCAGCGACCUGUUUGGCGCGCAGGACGGGACCAAGGGAUAG